AGUGACCCCAGAUAUACUCCAAAAUGACGCUAUAUAUAGACUUUGUAAAUUUUUCAACAGUUUUCGAAAGUUUAUUUCUAUUUUUUUGUUGAUCUACCUAGAAGGGUAGUACGUACUGUGUAACAACCAUCAAAAAGAUUUUUUUCGCGGAUUUAAUGAUCUGGAUAAUCUCGUCAUUGCAAAUUUGAUACCAGGUUAAUCAAGGCUAGUUUACAAAUAUGGCGGCGCCCAUGUAGCUUUUUAGACGCUUUACAAAAAGUUGUUUUUCUGUUUGUUUUAUUUUAAAUAUCGACUAUUUUAUGCAUUUUACAAUGUUAAUAAGAUAACAGAAAUUCAAUUUGAACAAAUGGAGUGAAAAUCCAAGUAACACCAUGUCUUCAUCCAGUAUUAACAAUAAUAACAAUAUAAAGGAUGUGCCUCGUAUGAAGGUUAAGUUUAGUGCGCUACAAAUUGAUGAAGAUUUGGGGAAAUCACAGACUAGUAUUUUCUCCCGUCAGAGAGUACUUACCUGCUGUUUAAUACUCAUACUAUCUGGUCUUGUAUUGGGUGGAGUUUCUCUUGGGGUGGGUUUAUAUUUAUUAGGACAGCAGAAUAGUCAGGAAGCACCACCAGUAACUAAUGUCACAAACAAACCUGAUAAAACUUCCACCACACACUUACCUCCCUUUACAUCUACUCCCACCAUUAUGAUAUCCCCUACAUCAACAGCAAGCCCAGAAACUACUACAAGUGAAACAACUCCCAGUAUCUUUACUAUAGAAGGGGAGAACACUCCAAGCUCCACAACAGAAAUGGUGACAACUGUUCCAUCCUCUACGGCCACAACAUCUACGCCCACAACACCAAAAAUAACAGCAUCUGAAUCAACAACCAGUACUCAAAAACCAGCAUGUAAAUCUAUAGAGUUUACAUGUGGUAGUGGUGAAUGUGUAAAGAGCAGUCAAGUUUGUGAUGGUAAAUUGAAUUGUCAUGAUCAUACUGAUGAAUAUUACUGUACUGUAUGUAAAGGUUUUAGAUGUGCUGAUGGUUUGUGUCUACCACGAUCUGAUUCCCGAUGUAAUGAUGUAUUUGAUUGUGUAGAUCUGUCAGACGAAAAGAAUUGUCCUACUAUUUAUGGACAUAAACAAUGUAAUAAUACUGUUCAAGUUGAACCAAGUCUUGUGUGUAAUGGUUUUGAUGAUUGUGGAGAUAACUCAGAUGAACAGAAUUGCAAAUGUUUUGGUGGUAGAUAUCGCUGUCCAGACGGUAAAUGUAUAUUAAGAGAAUGGAUGUGUGAUGGUUAUCAAGACUGUGUAAAUGGAACAGAUGAACAGAAUUGCAAUAAAUGUGGGACUCAAUGGUAUAGUUGUAAUGACUAUACUUGUAGAGACUGGUCGUUAGUGUGUAAUGGUGUCAAAGACUGUCCAGAUGCUGAAGAUGAGAAGAACUGUGUUAGUGUUGGGUCGGGGUUCCUUUUAAAAGAUCUAAAGGUCAAAGUUCAAGAUGAAAGUUUCUACGUCUGCAGUGAGAAUUGGAAGCCAUCUUUAAGUCAACAGAUUUGUAAAUACCAGGGAUUUGAUAAUGUAUCCAAGGUAGAUUUCAACACAACUGAAGACAAAAAUGUAAAAUGGAUGACCAUAGCUAAUGUAGAAAAUGUAUCAACCAAUGAAAAAACUCCUAUCAUUAAUAUUUUUAAUGUCAGUGCUGCAUGUUCAACAAAGAAGUACGUUCGUCUAGCAUGUCACAUGACAGAGUGCGGAGAAAGAAAAGUGAGUUUUUUACAGCCAUUUAUAGCUGGUGGUGAACUGGUACCUGUUGGUAAAUGGCCGUGGGUUGUCUCCCUUUCUUACAAAGGUGGGGCAUCAUGUGCUGGAGCAUUGAUAUCACCAGAAUGGAUCAUAACAGCUGCACAUUGUGUAUACAGUCCUGAUAAUUUUGACUACACAGAGACUCCAUCUGACUCAACAAUAUUACUAGGUUCACCAAACAGGAAGACAGGAACUAAAAUACGUGCUAGCAAAAUACACAGACAUCCAGGCAUAGAAGUUACUUCAGGUGGCAAUGUGUUGAAUGAUAUAGCCUUGAUCAAACUAGCACAUCCAGUCUCCUAUACAGAAACUAUACAGCCUAUAUGUUUAACUGGAGAACAGAAUCUGUCUGAUUCAAACUGUUAUUUAGCUGGCUGGGGUCUUAUUUCAUGGCGACAAUAUAUGACCAUAGAAGAUUUACGUGACACUAAGAUGUUGAUAUGGGAUGAUGCUAGAUGUUCAAGAAAUACAGUCAGUGGUGAAACAUUGGUUAAUACAAAUGCAACAAUCUGUACUGGUUAUAUGCGGCCUGGAUUACCAACUGGUUGUCAGGGUGAUAGUGGUGGACCUUUAAUGUGUAUGAACUCUAGAGGGCGUUGGAGUCUAUUAGGCAUCAUGAGUAGUGGAAGCCAUCACUGUGGACAGAUAGCACGUCAUUUUCGAGCCAAUAGAUUUAUGAGGAUUGAAUAUUACAGAUCCUGGAUGGAAGAUAUUAUUAAACAAGAUUGAACCAUCAUCGUAGAAGUAUGAAAGGUCAAGACAGUUAUUCCUGUCAACAUUAUUUAUUUGGGAAGUCUUGUCUGAGUUGUGUACAAAUUUUUUCCCUUUAAACUAUGUUAAUUUAACAAUUUAUAUUGGAAACACUAGCUUACAAAAUUUAAAAAUUAGAAUUUUGCUGAUAAAUUAAUUGGUGUAUAAGUCUAGAAAACUGAAUAAUAGAAUUUUAUUUUUUAUACAAAUAAGUUUUAUUUACAGAAACAAAAGGUUUUUUUUGAAUUUGAAAAAUCUUCCCUCUUGCGUGAGUCACUUAUUUGGUUUGGUUACGGGUAUGUAUAUGUGAAUAUAGCCAUUUCUAAAUUUUCUUACUACCAAAAUUAUGCAUUUUCUCCAUAACAAAAACAAUUAUCUUGCCAUGCCCAAAUUUAAACAUUAAGUUAACUGCUUUAUUUUGUUACUUAUAAUUGUUUCCUAACAACUUAUACGCAACCAAUGUGUAAAUAUUUAUAUGUAUAUAACUUUGACUAACACUGCCAUUAAAGGUCUUUAUUUAAUUUAUUACCAAAGACAUGCUUUAGUUUUCAUCAUGUACUAUUAAAAUGUUGUUUAUUAAUCAAAAUCAUUCAAUACUUUACAUAUCAUUGAUGUCUUCAUUGCAAAUUUUGUCUAUUUCAUAUUCUUUUAGAUCUGUUUAUAAAUUAAAAUCGAGCUGCAAUGUGUAGUAGUCUAGAUAGUACUUUAGUCUAUUGAAAAUUAGAAUUAAUCUUGGCUUUGAUGUUUGUGGAUAGAAAUGAAUUAUCGUUCAAAUGUCAACUGAUGAUUACAAGAGAAUUUAAAGAUGGUGCAAUGAAAUAACUAGAGUAGUGUGAACUUUAAUUAAAUGUCCAUAUAUCCAUAACUUACAUUAGUGUUGAUCAAAUUUUAAUAAUUUGUGGACCAACAAAUUGGUAAGACUACUUUUUAUAUUCUUUAUAUCGUAAGUCUCUUAACCUUACUGUUGUUUAUAUGAGAACUUAGUUAUUCAAUCUUGUAAACCUUGUUAAUUAUAGUCCCAUUUUGUCUAUUAUUAUUAUUACUAUUAUUCCUAUGUUCAUUUCUUGUGAACUUGUCCUCCUGCGAUCAUCUAUUUCCCAUUUUCUCUAGCUUAUAGGGUAAAUUUGUGUCUGGAUGAUCAAUAAUGAGGAUCUUGUUUCUUUGAAAUAGCAUCAUUAGUGUUUGUCUGUUAUUUUAUUUUUGCAUGUUUUACUUAUAUAAACUGAAUGACAAAAGAAAAGCCUUUCAGUAAGUUAGACCAAUAUUGCUACAUUCUCAAAAGGGAAAUAAUCAGGUAUAAGUUUGUUGUUACAACACACAGGGCAGAAAUGAUUUUCAGUUGGACGUAUAUUAAAAAAAAAAUCACUUGAUUGGUAUUUCUUUUGUCUUUCAGUUUGUAUAUCUUGUUAAAUGAGCUUUUAAUCCUACCCAAGCUAGCAAAUGUCUAUGAUAUAUAUAAUAUAUACUGUAUACAUGCAGAUCUGUUGUGCAGUCCACUGGCACCAACAAGUCUUCCAGAGAAUCAUAAAUAAAGUCUAAAUAAAAUGAGUGUAAUUAAAUGUUUGUGCAACAAAAACAUCAUAUUCUAGAAUAUUUGAUUUUGAAUAUAAAAUGUCAGCCUUUCAUCCAAAUAUUUGAUUCUCUCUGGCUUUUGAGAUUGACCAUAUAAGUAUUUUGUAUUUAUGUUAUUGGCAUAUAUAUCAGCCCAUUAUAAUAUAUUUUAUUUAAUUUGUGUAUAUGGGUCUGAUGAUUCUAAAUACUCCAAAUUUCUCUACACAAUGCUCAAAUAACUCUGGUUAUUAUUGUACUUAAAAGUAAUCUCAUUUGUUAAAUUUAAAUGUUAUAUGUGCAUGUAUUAAUUGAUAACCAAUUUAGCUUUAAAAUAUUUAGUACUUAAAUAACAUAUACAUAAAUAGCGGGUUGUUAACCAGUACACCAGUGUUAUAAUGUGACCCUAGUUUAAAACCAGGCCUUCACUAUAACACUGUUGCCACCUGUCCUUAUAGAGAAGCUCCAUUGUGUUCCUUCCACAUUGACUGCAUCUACAAGAUUCAAGGUUUGCCCUGUGAGAACCCUAGGUGAAAGUGUAUGUUAAGUCUGACGAACCAACUAAAUAAGAGAAACUUUUUAUUGUGGGUUUGAAUUUGAAAUUAUUAAAGUAUAAAAUUAUCAAAAAUGGUUUAUGGGUUAACAGACAGUGCAUCAUUAUUAACUGCCUAAUAAAACCACAAAACAGAACACAGAUAUAAGUCAAAGUUCAUGGCAAGGCCACAAAAACGUAUUAUGCACUAAACUACAUUUUAUCUUUCAGAGAUGAACAUUUUGAUUGUGAAUCUUUAUUUCCCGAUGACCUGUUACUAUUUUAAAGUCAUUUUGUUUAUUAUUUUAUUAAAUGUUCUUUUAUCAAUAUAUAGUGUUCCAUUAACAUAUUAUAUAGUAGAAAUAUAUCUAUAUAUACUUGUACCUCUCAUACUAUACUAUAUAGACCUUCCUAUAGUAACAAAUGUUACCUCACAUUAGAAUAUCAGGGUGUUAAGGGGAGUUAAAUUCUGGUUUGGAUGCCAUUGAUGACCGAUAAUUCAUUUGAGCUUCACAGUAACUACUAAUUUGAAACUUUUUGGAGCCAUUAGUAGUCAAAUUAUUCAUUGAAAAACAAACUUAUAUAUUUGAAUAUUUUCAACCCUCCUAAAUAUUGGAGUUGUGUACUUUGAUAUCACUUACACAAUUAAUGGCAUUUAUUUUUUAAAAUGUCAUCUAUGCAAGUCAUGAGUUUGAUCCCAGGUUUACUCUGGACAAAGUUACCAACACAUACCUUACCUUGUAUUUUUUUAUCUGGAUUCUAAAGACUACUCUCACUGCCAAAGACUCUUGAGCACAAGCAAAUUGUUAAAAUAAAAAUAUUCCUGGUUAUUUUUUUUAAAAUUACAUAAAUGUAGUUUGUACUGAAUAGAUAUCAAACUCCCAUUUCUCUUCUUAUUUUUAUAAUUUUUGUAGGUACAAGAUUUGGUAAUGUAAGAAGGCCUAUUUAGAUUAAAUUUGGUUGUGAAUGAAAUUGUAAUCCAUUAUAUUUGUAUACCAAAUGCUUACAUUCAUUAUUAUAUAUUCCAUGUUUUAUUCUAUAAUUUAUGUUUUUCAUAUUGUUUAAAAUAUUAUUUUAUAUUUAUAUUCAAUUAUUUUAUUCAUUUUAUUAUAGUUAUAUAUAAAUCCAACAUUUUAAAUAUUAAUGUUACAGCUGAAAGCCUAAAACUUUUUCCUGAACCAUGCCAUAAGUUUUACUGGGGUUCCUUAGCCAUUUUACUACCUGUUCUUGAUAAACUGUAACAAAAGAUAAUCAAAAACCAAGUAUUAUAGCACUUUCAAAACACUAUGAUCUUGCAUGUGUAUUGGUAGUGGGGCUGUCAAAAAAAUUGAUACAUUGCAAAAUGGGUCUUCUGCAAUAGGUAUAAUACAUAAUUUGGUGUAUGGAUAUAUUAACUCAAAUUCACAUCGUUUUCAGAUAGAAUGUUUGGAUUGGUUUUAAACAUUAAAAUUGUAUCAUAAACCUGAUUCCUUUUUAAAAAAUCUGCUUUCCUUUAUUUAAUGCAUUAAAAUUCAUAUUUAAAAUUGUGCUCACUGAUGUCUGACAAUGGAUUAUUACCAUAUGAUUUUGGAAUGCACAGCCCUUAUGAACAGGGAAGUAAAAUAUAGGCAAGUAUUUUUCACUACAUUUUUAAAUGGGGAAUAUUAUCCAUUAAGAACUAAUGGAGUUAUAUUGUGUAUUCAAAAGAAACCUGAACAGCAACUUUAUGUAUAUGUAUAUCAUCUCCCCAAUGUAUUCUUAUACAGAAAUAUAAUAUUUUAAUCUCAUAAA